UUGUGUAAAUGUUAAUGGAAAAUAACGGGACUUGUGUUUUUAAGCGUGUCAACAUCGGGUAGUAAAGUCAGCUAAACCCACUUGAAUAUGCGCAAGUGUUACGCUAAAAAAGCUCGUGAAAGCAAACAAUGAGAAAUCAUCAUGUGCUUCCUGAAUGUGUUAUCAUGUGAUACUUCCUCAUCGCUUUCUUCGUCUUGCUUUCUGCAAUGGAUGUCUGUCUAAUUCAAACUUUGAUAUUGUUUUGUAGUUUAAUAUGUUGUUUUUGGGCAGAUACUCCUUCAAACAAGUCGACUCCGAACAUUAUCAUUAUUCUUAUGGAUGACAUGGGCUGGGGAGAUUUGGGAGUGUUUGGCCAGCCCUCCAAGGAGACCCCAAACCUUGACUCCAUGGCUGCCCAGGGGAUGCUGUUCCCCAACUUCUACACAGCUAACCCCCUCUGCUCUCCAUCCAGAGCUUCACUUCUGACAGGACGAUUACCAGUUAGGAAUGGAUUCUAUACCACCAAUGCCCAUGCCAGGAAUGCCUACACACCCCAGGAGAUAGUAGGAGGGAUCUCAAGGGAUGAAAUUCUAUUACCACAGAUACUGAAGAAGAAGGGUUACGUCAACAAGAUCAUCGGCAAGUGGCAUCUUGGCCACAGAGCUCACCACCUACCUCUGGAGCAUGGUUUUGAUGAAUGGUUUGGUGCUCCAAACUGCCACUUCGGUCCCUACAACAGCAGCGACAGGCCUAAUGUCCCGGUCUAUAACAACUCUCAGAUGGUGGGAAGAUACUAUGAGGAGUUUGGGAUCGAUAAGAAAACUGGGGAAUCUAACCUUACACAAAUCUACUUGGAGGAGGGCCUUGACUUCAUAUUUCACCAAAACAUGGCCCAGCGGCCAUUUUUUCUCUACUGGGCAGCGGAUGCUACGCAUGCUCCGGUCUACGCUUCAAAACGGUUCCUGGGGAAGAGCCAGAGGGGGCGAUACGGUGAUGCAGUGAUGGAGCUGGACUACAGUGUUGGGCAGAUGCUGGCCUGGCUGCGUGCUCUGGGCAUCGACAAGGACACCUUUGUGUUCUUCACCUCGGACAACGGGGCCGCAGUGAUGUCCGGCCCCAAGCAGAGUGGCAGUAACGGCCCAUUUCUCUGUGGGAAAGAAACUACGUUUGAGGGUGGAAUGAGGGAACCUGCCAUCGCCUGGUGGCCUGGACACAUCCCAGCAGGCACGGUGAGCCAGCAGCUGGGGACUGUGAUGGAUCUGUUCAGCACCAGUCUGUCUGUGGCAGGCCUCAGUGGUCCAGACGACAGGCUCAUAGAUGGACUGGACCUCAGCCCUGUCCUCCAUAACAACACACUCAUCAACAGGCCCAUCUUCUAUUACCGCGGCAAUGAGAUGAUGGCAGUCAGGGUUGGGCCUUACAAGGCCCACUAUUGGACGUGGAGCAACUCGUGGGAGGAGUUUAACCAGGGCAUUAACUUCUGUCCAGGCCAAGAGGUGGCAGGCGUGACCACCCACACCCAACAGGAACACACCAUGCAGCCACUCAUCUUCCACCUGGGGCGGGACCCCGGGGAGAAAUACCCUAUCAGUGCUGUGACUAAGGAGUACCAGGAUGCACUGAGUCGGAUCACAGCAGUGGUAGAGAAGCAUAAGAAGGGUCUGGUACCAGGUGUGCCCCAGCUCAAUAUGUGUGACAUGGCUGUCAUGAACUGGGCCCCUCCAGGAUGUGAAAAGUUAGGAAAAUGUCUUAAAGCACCCAAGUCACAGCCCUGGAAGUGUGACUGGCCACACUAGCUAUCUGUUUCAGAGUCACCCUGGGAAAAGGGAGGAUGUCAGCGAAGAUGCUGCCUUGAUGAAGAGCCAUUUUCAGGAAUUCAACUUGAAUUUCUAUUAGUUUUUAACUUGUAAUGUUGAAACAGAACAGCAUAUGGUUUGAAUGAAGGACAUUAACAAUGGGACGAAUGUUGUCUGGGUUCCAUAUGAUUAUUAAUAGAAUGAAGCUGAUUUGCAACUGCUUUUUUUUGAUGCCAUCUAUGUAGAUGUGUUUCUCUCUUUACUUACUUAUGCACUAUUGUGGAAGACUUAUUGAAAUAGGGCAAAACCUUUUUUUUUUCUCCAACUGGAAUAAAAACAUUUGAUCCAA